CUCAGUUUUAAAAGUAAACGUAACUAAUGUAAAUUUGUUUUAAAUUCCUCAUUUUUGCCUCAUGAACCAAAUAUGAGUUCAACCAAGCACACUUGUAAGAGUGAAAAACUAACGACUUGUCUACUUCUGCAGCUGUCGUGGGAAUACUAUAAAUACAGAUGCAAGCUGGAACUUAAUAUCACAAACCAUAGAAACUAAGCAUGGCUUUGUUUUCACACUUUCUUCUUCAUUUAGCCUUCUUAAUCAUUCUCCUCCCCCUUGAUUUACAGAACCUUUUGGUUGGUGUAUCAUCAACCACUCUAAGCAUCAGCUCAGACAGAGAAGCUUUGAUCUCACUGAAGUCUCAGCUGAGUAAUGACAUCAGUACUUCUCACCCACUUUUAUCCUCUUGGAGCCAGAGCUCCUCUCCUUGUAAUUGGACUGGUGUCCUCUGUGACAAGCGUGGCCAAAGAGUCACUGGCUUGGACCUUUCAGGCUUUGGUCUCUCAGGCCAUUUAAGCCCCCAUAUUGGUAACCUGUCCUCUCUUCAGACCCUCCAGUUGCAGAAUAACCAGCUAUCAGGAGUGAUUCCUGACCAAAUUGGCAACCUAUUCAGUUUGAGAGUUCUAAACAUGAGCUCAAACAUGUUGGAAGGAGUGCUUCCUUCAAACAUCACCAAAUUGGAGGAGCUCCAGAUUCUUGAUCUGUCCUCAAACAAGAUCACCAGCAGGAUUCCUGAAAACAUUAGCAGCUUGAAAAAGCUGCAGGUCUUGAAACUUGGAAAGAACAGCCUCUAUGGUGCAAUCCCAACUUCUCUAGGGAACAUUUCCACUCUCAAGAAUAUCAGUUUUGGCACCAACUCUCUCAGUGGCUGGAUUCCCAGUGAGCUGGGCAGGCUUCAUGAUUUGAUUGAGCUUGAUCUCGUUCUCAACAAUCUCAAUGGGACUGUUCCACCUGCUAUAUAUAACCUGUCUUCCCUUGUUAACUUGGCCUUGGCUUCAAACUCCCUGUGGGGUGAGAUUCCUCAGGAUGUUGGUCAGAAACUUCCAAAACUCCUAGUGUUCAAUUUCUGCUUCAAUAAGUUCACUGGUAGAAUUCCAGGGUCUUUGCACAACCUCACCAACAUUCGAGUCAUUCGUAUGGCUUCCAACUUUUUGGAAGGAACAGUGCCACCUGGUUUGGGAAAUCUCCCAUUUCUUCACAUGUAUAAUAUUGGGGGUAACAGGAUUGUCAGCAACACAGGUCUGGAUUUCAUUACUUCUUUGGCAAACAGCACCCACCUGAACUUUCUGGCAAUUGAUGGCAAUAUGCUGGAAGGUGUGAUUCCUGAAACCAUUGGCAAUCUCUCCAAGGAUCUCUCAAUACUUUACAUGGGACAGAAUCGUUUCAAUGGAAGCAUACCCUCCUCCAUUGGCCUUCUCAGUGGCUUAAAGUUGUUAAACUUGUGCUACAAUUCAUUCACUGGAGAAAUCCCACAGGAGUUAGGCCAGUUAAAGAAACUACAAGAGCUAUCUCUGGCUGGAAAUCAGAUAUCAGGUGAAAUUCCAAAUUCCCUUGGUAAUCUCCAUAAGUUGAUCCAAAUUGAUUUGUCAAGGAAUAAUCUUGUGGGUAGCAUUCCCAUCAGUUUUGGGAAUUUUCAAAACCUGCUCUACCUGGACUUAUCCAACAACAAGCUCAAUGAAAGCAUACCUGUGGAAAUCCUCAACCUCCCAACUUUGAGCAAUGUUUUGAACUUGUCAAUGAACUUGUUGAGUGGACCAAUACCACAAGUUGGGAAAUUGAUCAGUGUUUCCUCCAUUGACUUUUCUAACAACCAGUUGAAUGGUAGCAUCCCCAGCUCAUUCAGCAGUUGCUUGAGCUUGGAAAAGUUGUUUUUGGCCAGGAAUCUUCUUUCAGGUCCCAUUCCAAAAACUUUUGGAGAUCUAAGAGCCUUGGAAACCUUGGACCUGUCCUCUAACAAACUCUCUGGGUCCAUUCCUAUUGAACUUCAAAAUCUUCAUGUUCUUCAGCUUUUAAACCUCUCUUACAAUGAUUUAGAUGGAACCAUUCCAGUUUUCAAAAAUAUCUCUGAUGUUCACUUGGAAGGCAAUAGAAAUCUCUGCUAUUCAACAUGUGUGCCUCAUGGCCAUGGAAGAAGAAAUGCUAGGCUUUACAUCAUCAUAGCAAUCGCGGUAACAUUGAUACUAUGUCUCACCACAAUUGGUUUUUUGCUAUACAUAAAGAACAGCAAGGUGAAGGUAACAGCAGCAGAACCUGAACUGCUAAAGUCUCAUCAUGCUCCAAUGGUCUCCUAUGAAGAGCUUCGUUUAGCAACUGAAGAGUUCAGCCAGGAGAAUUUAAUAGGAGUUGGAAGCUUUGGCUCAGUGUAUAAAGGCCAUCUAAGUCAUGGAAAAACUGUUGCUGUGAAAGUGCUUGACACUCUAAGAACUGGUUCUUUAAAGAGUUUCUUUGCAGAGUGUGAAACUAUGAAGAACUCAAGGCAUCGGAAUCUGGUUAAGGUGAUCACAUCAUGCUCCAGUCUUGACUUAAAACACAAUGAUUUUCUGGCUCUGGUGUAUGAGUACUUGAGUAAUGGGAGCUUGGAUGAUUGGAUUAAGGGGAUAAGAAAGCAUGCAAGUGGAAAUGGGUUGAGCCUCAUGGAGAGACUGAAUGUAGCUAUUGAUGUUGCUUGUGCAUUGGAUUAUCUACACAAUGAUAGUGAAAAUCCUAUCGUGCAUUGUGAUUUGAAGCCCAGCAACAUUCUCCUGGAUGGAGACAUGACUGCAAAAGUUGGAGACUUUGGAUUGGCCAGGUUACUGAUUCAAACAUCAACUAAUAGUCAAGUUUCCAUUAGCUCAACUCAUGUCCUCAGGGGUUCCAUUGGUUACAUACCUCCAGAGUAUGGAUGGGGGGAGAAACCAUCUGCAGCUGGAGAUGUAUAUAGUUUUGGGAUAGUGUUACUAGAACUCUUAUCUGGGAAAAGCCCAACAGAUGAGUGCUUCAUGGGAGGCCUAAGUAUAACAAAAUGGGUGCAGUCAGGAUUCAAAGACAAGACUGUUCAAGUCAUUGAUCCUCAGCUGCUAUCCCUCAUUUUCUGUGAUGAAGACCCUUCUGCUGCAGCUAAAGGUCCCAAUAUACAACUCCCUUGCUUGAAUGCAAUUAUAGGAGUUGGCCUAUCCUGCACUGCAAACAACCCAGAUGAACGCAUUGGCAUUAGAGAUGUUGUUCGCCAACUAAAAGCUGCUAGAGAUUCUCUUUCGAAAAAUGAUGCUGACAUUGAAAGUCCUUCUAGUACUACUGCCAAGUGUUACUAUGAAGUUUCAGUAAAUUGAAGAUUGGUGGUGGACACUGCAUAAUAAGGCGCAUUUUCUACCAUUUAUUCUUAAAUAAAGGUAGAGAAACCCUCACCCCAAGCUAGCUUUUAGGAUAGAGUUAGGCAUAACCUAAAUUCUAAAAUGUCGUAGUUUCUUCCACUCAGUAAAAUUAUUUUCUACCGUUGUCCGCGGUUUGUCUCUUAUGUGUCAAGAAAUUUCAACCUAAAAGAUUAUGUGUCAACUUCUACUCUCCCAUCUCUUAUUUUGAGUUGUAUGAUAUUAUCAUAUGAUAUGAUAUUCUGAUACCCCACAGUAACAAGUCUAGAAAGAAAUCUCCACUGUGAAGUAGGAUUACAGUAGCUCAUCUACCAAGGAAGAGUUUCUCUCAAUCCUACUCUGAAUCUCCACUGUGAAGUAGGAUUACAGUAGUAUAAUGAAAAUGUAAAUUCUCUAUUUCCUUGAACAGGAUUUCAAGAACUCUCUCUCUUC